AUGAAACUCUACUUUGAAGCAGAGAGAUUUCUCAAAGAUGGCGGUAAGUUUGGUGGAAGUUUGAAAUCGCGUAUUUUCAGCGAUACAAAGCUUAAAAACUCUCCAAAGCACAUAUUUGCAUUAGUAUGCUCGACGAUUAAAUACUAUGACUUUAUCCAUCAAAUUGUUCAAAAGAGUAAAAUCAAGCAGGAACUCAAACAGAAGAAAGUAAAAGUUAGUGAUGAAUUGUUAGCUUUGAUAAUUCAUGAUUUGCUAUUUAGUCUGAGAGGCAGAAUUGAAAGUGGGAAACAUCCAAUUAAAGAUGCAAUAUUGGGGUGUAAGACAAGACUCCAGGCAGAAUUUAUUAAACUUAAAUUGAGAUAUAAAGUAACUUCUGUGUGUCAAUUGCCAGUAAAUGAAGAUACGAAUGAUGAUGAAACACCUGUGAGAUGGUUCAGAAUAAAUACCAUCAAAGUAGAUCAAGAACGGUUUUUCAAAAAGCAUAAAUUUUUCACUGAUUUGCAGCCUGUAAAUAGAAUUGAAGAGCUUAUAAAGCCUGGGCUUGUUUUUUCGGAUGAUUAUAUACCAAACUUGUACGGCGUUCAUCCAAGAGAGAAACUUUCAUCAACAGACGCUUAUAAAUUGGGGGAAAUCAUUAUACAAGAUCGAGCUUCGUGUUUCCCAGCACAUAUCUUGAAUGAGGAUAAUCAAUACGUGCACAAACAAGUUAUUGAUGCAUGUGCUGCUCCAGGUAAUAAAACAACCCAUGCAGCAUCUCACCUUCCUCUAGAUGAUGCAUCUGCUGUGGUUUACGCUAUAGAACGAGAUGCAAAGAGAGUUGGGGUAUUACGAACAAUGUGUGAAAAGGCCACUGGCAAGAAUAAGAAGAAAUUGAUACAAGUAAUACAUAAAGAUUUCACCACUAUUCAACCAGAGGAUUUCUCUGAUGUGACUGGUUUAAUAGUGGAUCCAUCAUGUAGCGGAUCUGGGAUUUUCGGAAGAGCAAUGGAUAAUGCUCUAAAUGGUGAAAAGAAAAGGAAAAAAGAAGAAGAAGAAGAAGAAGAAGAAAAAUCUAAUGAGCCUCAUAUAGAUCAAGAGAGGUUGAGGAAAUUGGCUUCUUUUCAAAAUGUAAUUAUGAAACAUGCUUUGUCUUUCCCUGGUGCACAAAGAGUUGUUUAUUCCACAUGCUCCAUACAUGCGGAAGAAAAUGAAAGAGUUGUUAUAGAUUUGUUACUGGAUCCGGAAGUGCGAGAACAAGGCUGGACCUUGGCUAGAAGACAAGAGGUGCUUCCUACUUGGCCAAGAAGAGGUUUUGAAAGUGAGUUUAUCAGAAUAUCCCGAGACGAGAAAGUAUGUAAAGAAUUGGCUGAUGGAUGUGUAAGAGCGAAACCGAAAGAAGAUGGCGGUAUUGGAUUUUUCGCAGCAUGUUUUGUAAAAAGAGGCAAACUUAUGGUUGAUGAAGAAAAGAGUACAGAAGAUAUUAGUGAGGAGCAAAAUGAAUGGCUCGGUUUUGAAGAUUAA